CUGCUCUUCAUGUAGAUAAAGUGCAGGUUUCCCAGGCUGUCCAGAACAACAGCUAUUCUCUUCCUCACAGGAGAGCUCCCAUUGGAGAUACUGGCUGAAGAGCAUCUCUAAGCAGCAGUUCUGCCUCCUUUAGUGUGGGACCAGGCCAGAGUUUAGUUUACCCACCACAUAAUUUUACCUUUUCCUCUAGACAAGCUUAAGAUCAGUUUAUUACCUUGCAGACAUGUCCCUGCUGCUGUUUUUGUCAGUUAUGCUGAUUGGCUGUCCCCUCUUGAAGACAUUCAUCCUCCAACCAGAGAAACCAGCAGCGACUCAGCCCUCUCCUGCCAUCAGAACCAGCGGAUGUCAGGCUGAAUCUUUGCAGAGCAUCCAAAAGGUUAUACUGAGCUCCUUAAACUUGCAGGCUGAGCCCCAAGUGUCUUUUCCCGGGAUGACUCGGAUCCGAGACCUGUGGAAAGGUGCCUUCCAAGCCACCAGCCGGUCUGAACCCACACAGCCCAACAACACUGAGAACAGAGCGUCCUCUGAGAGUUCCAGCUUAGGAAACUCAUCAGUCCUGCAGUGCUGCAGACUUACCUCUCAGAUUUUCAUUAAAGAUCUCGGCUGGGACAGGUGGAUCAUCUACCCAGAGAGCUUUACCUACGUCCAGUGCAGUGGAUGUGACCCCCAGAAACCUGCAGACCAGAGCAUCCUCCACUGCAGAAGAGACGGCCCGCCCUCCACACAGGGAUUGUGCUGCGAGCCCACUGUCCAGAACAUCGUGCCCUUCCUCUACCUGGAUGAAACCGGCAGCAUCACCAUCGCCUCUGUCCCCCUGGCCAGCGAGUGCGGUUGCAGGUCCGAGAGCAACAGUCAGGCCUCUGAACCCUGAGAGAACACAGCCUUGGCUCUGAGUACCUUCCCCUCACCUAUGACCUCUUAAAUCUGUCACUGACCUGCAGAACACUGGCGUUUCGCUAGACUGGAGGUCAUAAAUCCUGCAUAAAGUUACCCUGUAAUCACUGCUUGCUGCUGCUGGGAGGUCGAUGUAGAACUCUGUAAAUAUCACAAUAUCACACAAUUAGCAGAACUUUUACACACGAGUGUCCAAGAAGAUCAAAACUGAGCAGAUCUUUUCAGUCUAGUACUGAAGAUCCACAUUUGGAACACACCCUUUUAUUUCAGAAACAAAAUACGAAUGCUUUCAAGAUGGUGGCCAUGUUCCAGACAUAGGCAGAAUUAUAGGCGCCCCCUUACCCAUUACUUGCUGGGGUAUUUAGAUGCAUCAUUUUUCCUUUUGUUUUGUUUCUUUUGACCCACCCUGUAGAACAUUAAAAUUUAAAGACAAUCCUCAAAAUGUAAAAAGGAGCCCUGAAUUUGCAAAGAACGCUCAUAGGGUUUAAUAACAAUCUACCUAAUGUAAUGCUUCCACGAGUCCAUGAGUCCAUAAUCAGUUAUAGUUACAUAAUGUUUCAGGAAGUGUAACAGUCUUAAAUUUAAAGCCGCUUUCCUUAGAGCCCCCCCACCCCCUCCAUCACCUAGCUCAUUUACUGUCUCAGUCGUGCAUAGCUUCAUAGCAUGAGUUUGGCAAAAAAAUAAAAAAUAAAUAAAAUUAGAGCACAAAUCACAAAUACAAAACAAUAAAGUGCAACAACAUGGGAACAUUUGUUUCAAUUUUGUGACAUUUUAAACAGAUUAACUAUAAUAUGCUGAAGAUAAAUAUGCUUACCUAUUAAAAUUGCACCAAAAAAAAAAAUAAAUAAAAUAAAUAAUAAUAAAAAAAAAAAAAAAAAAGAGUUUGGCAGGGAAUUGAACAACAGCCAGAGUGUUCCUCACAAAAAUGUGAGCAUCGCAGCAGCUUAGCCAGACUUUUCCCAGACUGGGCCUCUUCAGCUUUUCAAUAAACAACAUUAUAAAAAAGCCCUCAAAUACAAAGAAGCAGAAUUUGCUCUCUGCCUCUAACACCCUCGUCCUUCCUCCUGAGAAAAAGAAUGCAAAUAAUACUGAAUUUUUCAGCUGUUUUCUUCCCCUCUGAAUAGUUUUGCACAUUUGGCUCACUUUGCUCGCUCAUUGUUGUGCUAAUAUUAUCUAUUGUUUUAUUAUGUCAUACAUAGUAUAGAUAAAAGUGUGAAAGUUGCCUAUACCUAAAUAUCUAUGUUUGAUACUCAGAACCUGUCAUAUUUUGACUUAGCUUAUGAUAGACAUUGUUAUCCCAUAAUGCAAUGCAAUGUAUGUCCUUGAAUGUCCCUAAAAUAUUUAAUCUUCUAUUUUAUAUCAGAAUGCACAGAGAAGUAUAAUACUAAACAUUUAUUUUGCUUAUUAUUUUGUUAUAGUGUUAUAUUGUGUAUGAUCAUAACCUUAUCAUUAAAUAAAAUCUUGGAAAAAUAUA